AUGUCCGAGAAACCGAAAGUGGUCGUCGUCGGCGCUGGUCCCGUCGGAUGCUUGGCGGCCUGCAUGAUGGAGAACCAUGGAUGGUCUGUCGAUCUAUUCGAGGCCCGAUCUGAUUUUCGCAAACCUCAGAAAACAGUCAACCGUCCCCGAUCCAUCAACUUGGCCUUCUCCAAGAGAGGCAUCGAAGCCAUCAGAGCGGUGGACCCAGAGAUGGUCGAGAGGCUACUCGAACAAGUAACUCCAAUGAAAGCCCGAAUGAUUCACAGCACCGAUGGCGGGCUCAGCUCCCAACCUUAUGGACUACACGAAGAAUGUAUCAACUCGAUCGACAGGAAUUUACUCAACCAGUCUAUUCUCUCCGAGGCUGAACAGCGACCCAACGUGACUGUUUACUUCAAUAAGAAACUGGUCAAAGCUCGAUUCGAUGAUUCUACCCUGAUCUUUGAAGACACGAAUACCCAUGAAAUCACAGAGGUCAAACCCGAUCUCACGAUUGGCGCUGACGGUUCUUACAGUCAAGUUAGACAGCAGAUCAUGAGAUACACUCGGGUUGACUUCUCUCAAGAAUACAUUGAUGAUCUAUACCUAGAACUAUCGAUUCCACCUGGCGUCGAUAAGGAAACUGGAGAGCCUUGCUUCUUGUUGGAUCCUAAUCAUCUGCACAUCUGGCCUCGCCAAUCAUUCAUGCUGAUCGCCUUACCCAAUCAGGACAAAUCAUUUACAUGUACCUUGUUCGCCCCCUAUCAUGGCGUGUUUGAUCAGCUCGAAGUACCCAAAAAUGAGGAAGAGGAAAAACAUAUUAUCGACUUCUUCAACACUCACUUUUCCGAUGCUCUAUCUCUCAUUGGUCACAAAGAUUUAAUCAGAUGCUUUGUCGAAAACCCACGCGGGAGCUUGCUUACUAUCAAGUGCAAACCCUACCAUUACACAGAUAAGGCAGUGAUCAUUGGAGAUGCAGCCCACUCGAUGGUUCCAUUUUACGGUCAAGGGAUGAACUGUGGACUGGAGGAUGUGAGAAAGCUGGACCAACUAUUCCUCAAAUACACCGGUGACAGCAAAACAUCGACCCAGAAGGAGAAGCUCGGGAGCAUUCUUGAGAGUUAUACUCAAACUCGCCAUCAAGACCUACUGGCGAUCUGUGACUUGGCCUUACAGAACUACCGAGAAAUGAGUGACAAAGUUACGAGGGUAGAUUACUUGAUAAGGAAGCGAGUUGAUGGUAUAUUAGCUCGGGUCCUGAGAGGGAAUUGGUUACCAUUAUACACCAUGGUCACGUUUCGGGACGAUAUAGAUUAUUCGCAAGUGAUCAAGAGAGAAGCUAAACAGAGCCAGUUAAUCGACUGGAGCCUGCGGUUCCUUGUCGGUUGUUCUAGCGUUGGAUUGGUUGCCACCGCGCUCAAGUUUGGCCGUCAGUUGAAGUAUGCCUUACAAUUCGAAUGA